CAACUGGAUUUAACUCCAUUCACCACAACUCUGGGCUCAGCCACCCAGUCAGUUUUUACCCAGCAAAGAGUGUGCCUGUCCAGGCCGUGAGCCGCCAGUUUCGCUGUGGGAGACUGUGUCAAAAUCCCAGAGCAGAGCCUGCCGGACGUGGCGCCUGCUGGUCCCCAGGAGCUCCGGCUGCUCCUGCCCUGGUUCAUGCCAGGCUUUGCUGCGCCUUGAGCAGCGCAGGGCUGUUCCUGGCUCCGGGAGCCAGAGGGAAGGGCUUGUCUCUACUUGUUUAUGCUUCCAGCAGCCCCUAAUCCCUGUCACAGGGUUUCCAUGCGGGAGAACAUGUUCUGGGACUGUGCCACAUGCCUCUCCGCUCUCCUGUCUCCUGCACCUCUGCAGCCGAGAAGGAGAUGGGAGGAGCAGAGCAAAGGGAGAAGCAGUACCGAGCCCAUCCGGGAUUUGGGGAUCGCCGUGGCGGGGUCAUCAGUGCCCGCACGUAUUUCUACGCUGAUGAGGCCAAGUGCGACCAGCACAUGGAGACUUUCCUCCGCUGCAUCGAUGCCUCAAGUGGCAGCUCGGAGGACGGCUUCUCGGCCAUCAAGCUGACAGCGCUGGGCAGACCUCAGUUCCUGCUGCAGUUCUCAGAGGUGCUGGUGAAGUGGCGGAGGUUCUUCCACCAAAUGGCCGCAGAGCAGGGCCAGGCUGGGCGUGCAGCGCUGGAGAUGAAGCUGGAGGUGGAGAAGCUGACGGAGGCCCUGGCCAACCUCGGCAUCGCAACCAAGGCAGAGAGCCAGCACUGGUUCACAGGCGAGAACCUGGGUGUGAGCGGCACCGUGGACCUGCUGGACUGGAACAGCCUGAUUGACAGCCGCACCAAGCUCUCCAAGCUGCUGCUUGUCCCCAACAUGCAGACUGGGCAGCUGGAGCCUCUGCUCUCGCGCUUCACCGAGGAGGAGGACCUGCAGAUGAAGCGGAUGCUGCAGCGGAUGGACGUCCUUGCCAAGAGAGCCACAGAGAAGGGUGUAAGGCUGAUGGUGGAUGCGGAGCAGAGCUACUUCCAGCCAGCGAUCAGCCGCCUCACCCUGGAGAUGCAGCGCCGCUUCAACAGGGACCGGGCCAUCAUCUUCAACACCUACCAGUGCUACCUGAAGGAGGCUUACGACAAUGUGACGGUGGAUGUGGAGCUGUCACGCCGGGAGGGCUGGCACUUUGGCGCCAAGCUGGUCCGUGGCGCUUACAUGGAGCAGGAGCGGGAGAGGGCAGCCCAGAUUGGCUAUGAGGAUCCCAUCAACCCCACGUACGAGAAGACCAACGAGAUGUACCACAGGUGCCUGAACUAUAUCCUGGAGGAGAUCAAGCACAGCUGGAAAGCCAAUGUGAUGGUGGCAUCGCACAAUGAGGACACGGUGAAGUUCACCCUGCGCAGGAUGAUGGAGCUGGGGAUCCAUCCCUCAGAGAAGAAGGUGUACUUCGGGCAGCUGCUGGGCAUGUGUGACCAGAUCACCUUCCCCCUGGGUCAGGCCGGCUUCCCCGUCUACAAGUACGUGCCCUACGGCCCCGUGAACGAGGUGCUGCCCUACCUGUCCCGGCGAGCCCAGGAGAACAGGGGCUUCAUGCAGAGGGCGAACCGGGAGCGGGAGCUUCUCUGGACGGAGGUCAAGAGGCGGCUCCUCGCCGGCAGCCUCUUCGGCCCGAGCCACUGACCCCGGCGGUGCCAUCCGGCCCGGGGUCUCCUGUGCCUUCACCUAUAACCACUGUUGCCGUUCCCCGCCUUAGUUCUGCUGCAGUUUCCCCCCCAGCAGCCCUUGCCCUGGGAGGGGAAGUGUCCUUCUUGCUGUUGGAGCCGCACAGACCUUCUGGAGGGGCCAGCGGAGGGUCGCCCUGCUGGCCCUGCUCUGAGGGACGUCCCUCUGCCCCCCGCCGGGGCUCCUGAGCUGUGCUUGCCCGGGGCUGUCUCUGGGGAGAUGCUGGGGCUCCCCUGCCAGCCUUCCCUCACCUCUGCGAACGCUGUCCCGGGGUUUUCCCCUUGCAGGAUUGCACGGACGUUUGGCUGCCUGCUUCGUGCUGUAGGCUCGGGUCCAGGGCAGGCGGGGCAGCUCGGGGACAAGCUGGCCUCAGCCAAAAGCACCUCCAGCCUCUGCCAGGGCUGGGGGUCGCUGGGCAGGUCCUGGGCAGGGCCAGGCUCUCCCCUGUCCCACUGGCCUGAGCAGACCCCAAGCUGCCCAGGGUUGUCCGGUGGGGCGAGAGGAGCUGGGCAGCCCCAGCCCCAUCCCAUGCUGUCCCUGCCCUGCCCGUGGUCCCUGGCUCCAGCGUUGGAGAAGGGCUGCCAGGGGCAGGGGUGGUGGCCAGAUCGGGAGCACCGGGAGCCAGACCACAGCUCAGCUCUGCCACACACUGGAUUUGCAGAGAAUGGUGAUGAUUAAAUCGUAACUGUUCUUG